AUGGGGAAGGGGAAGAGGAGGGCGGUGGAGAAAGGAGUUCUAGUGCAGAACUCGAGCUCAUCGCCGGAGGCAUCUUCUAGUUCAUUGAAUGUCCCGCCUGCGCCGGUUUAUUACUCGAGUCAGGAGGAAUUCAAGGAUCCGUUAGAGUAUAUUUAUCAGAUCAGAACUGAGGCCGAGAGGUUUCUCGAGGAGCAGUGCGGCAGGAAGUUGAGGAAGAAGAGGGUGGUUUUCGAAGGGGAGGAUUUGGAUUUGUGUAAAUUGUUCAAUGCGGUUAAGAGGUGUAAUAAAGUAUGGCACAUCCAUUAUUUGUCACCGCCGCUGAAGCAAAUCCCUCCAGGAAAUUGGUAUUGUUUUGAGUGCUUGAAUUCUGACAAGGAUAGUUUCGGUUUUGUGCUUGGCAAGAAGUUUAUGAUAGAUGCAUUCAGGCGUGUAGCUGAUCGAACCAAUAAGAAGUGGUUCGGUUCAGAGUUUGCUUCAUGUGCUCAGAUUGAGAACAAAUUUUGGGAGAUUGUAGAGGGGUUGACAGGUGAAGUUGAAGUUAUCCCGUGGAAUCUUAAUAAUUUGCCAAAGCUGAAAGGCUCCAUGCUUCAGGCUGUUCAUCAAAACAUUACUGGUGUCAUGGUGCCCUGGCUGGGAGAGCCCAAGUGCUGGUACAUCAUUCCUGGCAGUGAAGCUGGUUCUUUUGAGAAAGUAAUGAAGGAAAGUCUUCCCGAUCUGUUCGAUGCACAGCCUGAUUUACUCUUCCAGCUCGUCACUAUGCUGAAUCCAUCCGUCCUGCAAGAGAAUGGGGUCCCAGUUUACAGUGUACUUCAGGUUUGACAUUU